UUCUUUUUUUUGCUUCCACCCCAUUUCUGAUUUGGUCCACUGGCCGAGUUAGAGUAUAUAAAGCACCAGCCCCGUCUCCCAGGCAGGCAGCACAGGCAGCUCAGCUUCACCAGGAGCUUCAGCAGGAGGGCACGGCCACAGGAUGAACCUUUCCACGGGCAUCAUUUUCUGCUUCCUGAUCCUGGGCGUCAGCAGCCGGGGAUGGGGGACAUUCCUCAAGGAAGCUGGUCAAGGGGCUAAAGACAUGUGGAGAGCCUACUCUGACAUGAAAGAAGCCAAGUACAAGGAUGCAGACAAAUACUUCCAUGCCCGCGGAAACUAUGACGCUGCCCAAAGGGGACCGGGGGGCGCCUGGGCUGCUAAAGUGAUCAGUAACGCCAGAGAGACUAUUCAGGGAAUCACAGACCCUCUGCUUAAGGGUAUGACCAGGGACCAGGUACGGGAGGACUCGAAGGCUGACCAGUUUGCCAACGAAUGGGGCCGGAGCGGCAAAGACCCCAACCACUUCAGACCUGCUGGCCUGCCUGACAAGUACUGAGCUGCCUCUCCCUCUGCUCAGGAGAUGGGUCUGUGAGUCCCCAAGGGCAGGGACACUGACCUAGAGAGUUCUUUGUCCUCAGAAGGCAGCAGAUCUAAUAAAUGCUCAAGAGAUGGAA